AUGGCCCCCCCCUUCUUCGCCAUCGUCUCCGGCGUCGGCGCCGGCACAGGCGCCUCCGUCGCCCGCCGCUUCGCCCAGUCCUACCCCGUCGUCCUCCUCGCCCGCAAGCCCUCGAGCUACGAGCCCAUCGUCGCCGCCAUCAAGGCCGCCGGCGGCACCGCAAUCGGCAUCUCCGCCGACGCCACCGACCCGGCCGCCGUCGACGCCGCCUUUGCCCAGAUCGAAAAGGAGCUGCCCGGCUCCAAGCUCGCGGCCGCCGUGUACAACGGCGGCAGCGGCACAGGCCGGAAGUCGUUUCUGGAGCAGACCCUCGCCGAUCUGGACCUAAGCCUCGACUCUGCUGCCAACGGCCUCUUCUACUUCGCCCAAAAAUCCAUCCCUCUUCUUCUCGCAGCUGUUGAUUCCUCCCCUCACCCCCCGUCUCUCCUCGUCACCGGCGCAACCGCUUCCCUCCGCGGCUCCGCCUUCUUCAGCACGUUUGCCGCUGGAAAGUUCGCCCAGCGUGCCCUCACCCAGUCUCUGGCCCGCGAGUUUGGCCCCAAGGGCGUGCAUGUCGCCCUGGCUGUCAUUGACGGUGUCAUUGACAUUCCCCGGACCCAGGGUUACGUUGUGAACAAUGGUGUAGAUGAUGGCAAGAUCAGCCCUGAUGCCAUUGCCGAGAGCUACUGGCACUUACACACACAGCACAGAUCAGCUUUCACGCAGGAACUGGAUAUCCGCCCAUUCGUGGAGAAAUUUUAA